AUGGAUAUUUUAGUAAGACACAGUCAUGGUUUGGAAAUUAUCUCAAAUAAUAAUGUUGUCUUUAACAAAGAAAUAAAUUCUCGUGAAUUAUUUGUUAGAUGUUCUCAAUAUUCUCAUAAUGGAAAAUAUUUUGCCUACUGUGAUUCUACAAAUACUUAUAUAAUAAAUAGUGAAACAAAGGAUGUUAUUGUCUCUGAACCAUUACAAAAAAUUCAAUCUAUAUUAUUUUCUCCAAAUGAUAAUGUUAUGGUAACAUGGGAACCUUAUGUUGUAUAUGGUCGUUCUAAACCAGGAGAGCCACCACGUAAACCAAAUCCUAAUCUUCGUUUUUGGAGAUGUUCUGAUGGUGAAUGUAUGGUUGUUACAAUUGCUGAAAAAAAUGUCAUCUGGCAACCACAAUGGACUUCAGAUGAGAAGUAUGCCUUAAGAUUACUUGGUUCAGAGUUGUUAGUUUAUGAAAAUAAUUCAUUUGAAAGAUACGUGUGGAAAAAAACUUUUAAAAAAGUUUCAAAUUUUAAAGUUUCUCCUGGUGAGACACCAAUAGUUGCUUUGUAUCAUCAAAAUAAGGGUAGUGAACCUGCAAGAGUUGAGAUAAGAAGGAUUGACAAAGAUUUUAGUCUUAUUUCAACAAGAACACUUUUUAAAAGUGACAGAGUUUCUCUUAAGUGGAAUUCUAAAGGAAGUGCUCUUUUAUGUCAAGUUUUUAUUGAAGUUGAUGAAUCUAACAAAAAUUAUUAUGGUGAACAAAGUUUAUAUCUUUUAACACUAGGUAAUGACAACGGAAUAAGACUUAGUUUGGAUAAAGAAGGACCAAUAUAUGAAGCUGAAUGGAAUCCAACAGGAACUGAAUUUACUGUAUGUUAUGGUUAUAUGCCUUCCAAAUUAAGUGUUUUCAAUUUGAAAGGUGAUAUAACUUUUGCUUUUCCUGAUGGACACAGAAAUGAAAUAUACUAUAAUCCAAUUGGAUCAAUUAUUGCUGCAUGUGGUUUUUCUAAUCUUUCUGCCGGAAGAAUGGAAUUUUGGGAUACUAAAAAAAAAUCAUUAAUUAGUACUAUUGAACGCCCAAACACAACACUCUUUUCAUGGGCUUCUGAUGGUCAACAUUUCCUCAGUGCAACAUGUGCCCCUCGUAUGCGUAUGGAUAAUGGUUAUGCCAUCAUUCAUUAUACAGGAAAAAAUAUUUUAAGUAAAAAUUAUGAAUCUCCACAUGAAUUAUGGGAUGUACAAUUUAGACCAUCUCAAUCAAAUAAAUUUAAAGAAUUUGAAAUUCAAAAAGGUUCAACUCAAUUAUCUACCAAAAAAAGAGAAGAUCAUCCAUUGGAUAAACUAGUUAAUUCGGGAUCAUCUGCAAUCAAGAAAUCAGUGUAUAUACCACCACAUCUAAGAAAAGCUACAACUGAUGGAAAAAGUGUUGGAAGGAUAUUGACAAAAGAAGAAAUUGCUUCUUCUGUCAAACCAUUAAAAAGUGAUAAAGAAAAGAAAAUUUUCAAUUUACAAAAGAAAAUUGAUGAUACUUUGAAAUUAAAAGAAAAAGCAGAUUCUGGGGAAAAGUUACAAAAUAAUCAACUUUGUAAAAUUCAAAAGUUGGAUGAAUUUUUGGCAGAAUUAGAAAAACUAAAAAUGGAAGUUUAG